CCUUCAUGUGUUGCCCUACUUUGUUUAGGUUCCUUGUGUCAAUAAUGUGCCUCCCAGCAAAACGCUGCCAAAUCCCUGCUUGGAGCGCUUAGGGGAUCUCCCUCAGCAGGUCAACAAGGUCAGAGCGCUGGGAAUUCCUCCAAGCAGAGGGGUUGGGUAGCUCACCCACGUUGACAGAGCAGGUUUGCUAGCGGUGCAGAAGCAGCAGCCUGUCGCAUCUGUCACGAACGUGGGGAAAUCGCUUGGGUAAGGCUGGCCGGCUGUCGGGAAUGGUAUAAGAUCCCUGAGCCCAGGUAGCUGGCAGCAUUACCACACUGGUUCGCUGCAUGAGGAAGGUAAGCAUCCAUUUUCCAAUUAGAUAGCACAGGGGAAUGGCUCUUGUGGGCUUUGGUGAUGGGAUUGCACAGAGAGCACUGUGCAUAGAGGUGCCCUCUUCAUCUUUCUCCUCCCCUAAAAGAGGACAGGCUAUUCUCCCCAGGGCUACUGCACUCACCAGGAGUUCAGUCUCCUCUGCAUCUCACCCUUGUUGUUGUUUAGUCGUUUGGUCGUGUCUGACUCUUCGUGACCCCAUGGACCAGAGCACGCCAGGCACUCCUGUCUUCCACUGCCUCCCACAGUUUGGUCAAACUCAUGCUGGUAGCUUCAAGAACACUGUCCAACCAUCUUGUCCUCUGUCAUCCCCUUCUCCUUGUGCCCUCCAUCUUUCCCAACAUCAGGGUCUUUUCCAGAGAGUCUUCUCUUCUCAUGAGGUGGCCAAAGUACUGGAGUCUCAGCUUCAGGAUCUGUCCUUCCAGUGAGCACUCAGGGCUGAUUUCCUUAAGAAUGGAUAGGUUUGAUCUUCUUGCAGUCCAUGGGACUCUCAAGAGUCUCCUCUAGCACCAUAAUUCAAAAGCAUCAAUUCUAUGGCGAUCAGCCUUCUUUAUGGUCCAGCGCUCACAUCCAUACAUCACUACUGGGAAAACCAUAGUUUUAACUAUAUGGACCUUUGUCGGCAAGGUGAUGUCUCUGCUUUUUAAGAUGCUGUCUAGGUUUGUCAUUGCUGCAUCUCACCCUAGCUGUGCCAAAACUGUUGUGAUCCCAUAAAUUCCAGGGAUUUUAUGCCCUUGAGUGAAAUGGCUGCGGAGUGGAGAAUCCCUGUAGGAGGAGUUUUCCAGGGGAGCACUGAAUAGCUUUUCUCUGUUGGGGUUAGGAAGCUGAAAUGUAGAAUUACAAAAUUCUUCCUUUUACAACUAGAAAACCCAUAGGGGCUACUGUGGUGGAAAGGAAGCUAUGCUGAAAUGCAGCUUCCUCACCUCCGGAAACCCUACAAAGACAUGACUGAUUCCACUGCUAUAGAAGUCUGCCAGGUGCUGUAAUAAGCACAGAAAUGCUGCAGUUACUUGCCCAAAGGAAUGUUAUUUCUGGAUUCAACUGACAAGAACAAGGAUGAGAGGGAUCAGGAAUAUACGAGUAAUCUGGAUAGGGAGACAGGUAUUACUAAAGAAGCGAGGAAAAUGGAAUUCUGGUUUCCAAACUUACAGAAGAAAGAAGGCUUCAAUGUUUGUCACCUGUGUUCUAUCAUCAUGAGGUCUAGAAUCCUGAAAUAGCAAUUGGAUUCUGCAUCAGAGGCCAUUUGCUGCAGAUUCUGAGAUAUACACGUGCCAUGGCUUUCAUCAGAAGUGGCACACUUUUUUUGUGAUGUUCUAAGCUUUGAUCUAACCACAGUAUCUUUGCUGAAUUUUGGGGUGGGCGGGUAGGAGGAAUAACGGCCAAGCCCCUCUUGCAAAGAGAGGAGGAAAAUGAAGUUGUUGUGCAAUGAGCAAGUUGUUAAUAAUUGUUUAUAUUCUGCUGGGAGAGGCCCAGAGUGGCUGGGAAAACCCAGCCAGAUGAGUAGGGAAUUAAUAAUAAUAAUUAAUUAAAAAAAUUAUUAGUGGGUUGUGAUGCCUCGGUCCAGAUUAAGAUGUGUAGGAUGAAGGACAGAAUAUAAAAUUAAUCAAUUAAUUAAUUAAUAGAAGAAGCAACAGCUGGAUAGGCAGUCCAGCCUAAAUUCUUUCUCUCUCUCUUUGGAGGAGAAAGACACAGUGAGUGGAACUUGACAUUUUUUUAUGAAUUGGGGCCAACUGGGUGCAAUCAUAUCCACUAGAAAACUGAAUGAAAAUUGUACAUGGGGAUGUGUCAACUCUGCGUACAACCAGCUAGUUUCUUGCAGGUGCCACCAGUGGCUUUGAAUUAAAGUUUUUGAUGACACCACCGCAAACAACUUAAAAAACAGUGUGAAGCGAGACAGGUACCUACCGUAAUUUUGUUGCUCGAAACCAGCAGCCUGCAGAAAAGGAGCUGGUUUGUGCAGGAGCGAAGUAGUUGCUGCAUGCCCAGCAACUGUUUGACUCAGCCCUUGGCAUGAAUCAUGCUCCCUUCUGAACAUUCAAGGAGGCAAACAAGCAUACCCACUCGGGUUAUGAGGGAGGAAAGUUCACAGAGUUACAAAAUGACCCCUCAGAUAGAUAACAGAGAACGUUGUUUAUUCUUGGAAAGGCAUGUACCGUAUCUGGUGAAAUCGAAUGAUUUAGAUAGGACUGAACAGGGUGGGAGACCAGCUGUUUCCUCACGAAGGGAAGUGGGCAGUGUGUGUGUGUGUGUGUGUGUGUUCAGACUUGCUGCUAAAUCAUUUUUAGGCUAGGGGUGAUUCCUUCCUGAUGGGAAGAAUAGGUUGCAACAAGCAGGGAAGACACCUCUUUUCUUGGAAGGAUAUGUAGUCUUAAUGUUGUACAGUGGUACCUCGGGUUACAGACGCUUCAGGUUACAGAUGCUUCGGGUUACAGACUCCACUAACCCAAUAAUAGUACCUCGGGUUAAGAACUUUGCUUCAGGAUGAGAACAGAAAUCGUGCGGCGGCAGCACGGUAGCAGCGGGAGGCUCAUUAGCUAAAGUGGUACCUCAGGUUAAGAACAGUUUCAGGUUAAGAACGGCCCUCCAGAACGAAUUAAGUUCUUAACCCGAGGUACCACUGUACUAAGUGUCCUUCCAGAUACCUGCUUCUGCCAGGUAAUGUUCCCACUCCCAGUCUGGCUUUUAUUUUUAGAAGCUAGACAAGUGCAAAAAAUGACACUUCUGGAAUCAGUAAGGGUCUAGUAUAAGGGCUCCUUCAUCCAUGUGUUUCCAUCAAGUUUGUUUCAGGGUUGAUCCGCACAUUCCCUGCAUCUUCAGACUAUAGGCAAUCCGUCAUAGCUGCAAUACUGGGUGCCUCAGGGACGCAGGUGACACUGUAGUCUAAACCACUGAGCCUCUUGGGCUUGCUGAUCAGGUCAGCGGUUUGAAUCCCCAUGAUGGGGUGAGCUCCCAUUGCUCUGUCCCAGCUCCUGCCAACCUAGCAGUUCAAAAGCAUGCCAGCGUGAGUAGAUAAAUAGGCACCACUGCAGCAGGAAGGUAAAUGGCAUUUCUGUGCACUCUGGUUUCCGUCACGGUGUUCUGUAGUGCUAGAAGCAGUUUAGUCCUGCUGGCCACGUGACCCGGAAAGCUGUCUGUGGACAAACACUGGCUCCCUCGGCCUGAAAGCGAGAUGAGCGCCGCAACCCCAUAGUCGCCUUUGACUGGACUUAACCAUCCAGGGGUCCUUUACCUUUUACUGGGUGCCUGUUUUCUGCUGUUCAGCAAGCCUUGCAAGGUCCAAACUGACAAUUCCCCUGACAAAAAUAUGCUCCAUUGCAUGUUCUGAGCAAGCCAAGCUGAUGUAAUACUUACACCACAAUCCUAACCGCAUCUACUUGGAAGUAAGUCCCCCUGAGGGAUGAUAGGGCUUACUCCCAGGUAAGUGGGGGCUAGUCCCUAGUCCUGUUUGCACUUAAAUGUAGGCCUAUUUAACUCAAUGGGAUUCUUUUCUGGGCAGACAUGUAUAUGAUUGUGGUGGUAACUGAAAUGCAGUGUUACAUCUAGAGAAAGUUUGGUUGUGUAUGUCGCUGAGGAGUAAUAAGAGAAAAAAAUAUGUGUUGGUCAGCUGCAUUCAUGGACAGCUGUUGUUGCAAGGCACUUUUCAAGGAGAAGUCAGACAUAGGGUGCAUUGCACUAAUCUAAUCCGGAAGUCACCAAGGCUAUGUGUGACCUCAUAGCAAGAUCUUUCAUAUCCAGGAAAGAACGCUGUCUGUCACAGCUGCCUCCUGAAUACGCUGAACAAAAGCCAGGUUCAAAAAUAAGCUAUGCACUUGACCAUUCUUUCACUAAUAAAAUACAAUGGAAAGUUUUUUUUAACAGUCCCAAGAACAUUCUGCACACAUCUGUAUCUCUGGACAGCUUUCUAGGUAUUUGCAGAUCAAUUGCAGCAGAACAGGGUACCAAAAAAAAUCAGAACUUGUGGAACAUCAGCAUUUGCUUUGCAACACCAUUCAAGGGUCCUUAAAAAGCCACUUUCUACAUAGCUUCUCAAGUGAAGAGGUGAAAUUUGCAUGUUCUGAAGACAGGCUUUGCCAUUCAGGAUGAUGGGGGGCGGGUAUGGUCUGGGGAUGUUGUGAACCACUGCCUUUCCUCAUUGGCUCCAGCUCACAUUCAGCAGUCCAGCCCCUUGACAUUUAUUUGCUUCUCCCCUCCCCGCCUCAUUGCUUCAGGUGCCAGCUGGCUCCACAAUCAAAGGCUGCACUUCACCCAGCAGACGAGAUGUUGCUACCAUGGCUGAGCCUCGUACCUGCGCUUUUCUGUGUCUCCGCGGACAGUACAGGUAAGACUCGACCAAUAUGCACCCAGCGCUGUGCUAGCUCUGUUCUCACAAAGCCUCUGGGGUGACAAACGAACGAGUCUGAGAAGGACAGAAGGGAAUGGGCAGGGGCCUGAAUUCUGUUUGAAAUCACAGGUGUCCAGGGAAUCUGCUUCUAGCCCUGCCUCAAAACUUCCACUAUUCCUGCAUGCUUUUGCCGGAUGGAUAACCAGAAAGCCUCGCAAGCGCUAUUCAUUUCUGUUUUAAUUCUCUCUCUUCACAAAGGGCAUGUUCUGAUAGACCUAAUAUGAGUCAGCCAAUAUGGUUACCAACAGCUGACUUGCAUUAGCUGAGCAGUGUGUUAAUUUUACAGUCCUGGCAUCGGUUGCCAAAGGGCAGCCCGGUUCAUUCAGGCAUAGGCUACAAUCCUGUACCUACCUACCUGGUGGUUGCCUGAUUUUCCUCUGUGCCAGCCCAGCCCUUGCCACCAACACCUCAUAGAAUCAUAGAAUCAUAGAAUCAUAGAGUUGGAAGAGACCACAAGGGCCAUCGAGUCCAACCCCCUGCCAAGCAGGAAACACCAUCAGAGCACUCCUGACAUAUGGUUGUCAAGCCUCUGCUUAAAGACCUCCAAAGAAGGAGACUCCACCACACUCCUUGGCAGCAUAUUCCACUGUCAAACAGCUCUUACUGUCAGGAAGUUCUUCCUAAUGUUUAGGUGGAAUCUUCUUUCUUGUAGUUUGGAUCCAUUGCUCCGUGUCCGCUUCUCUGGAGCAGCAGAAAACAACCUUUCUCCCUCCUCUAUGUGACAUCCUUUUAUAUAUUUGAACAUGGCUAUCAUAUCACCCCUUAACCUCCUCUUCUCCAGGCUAAACAUGCCCAGCUCCCUUAGCCGUUCCUCAUAAGGCAUCGUUUCCAGGCCUUUGACCAUUUUGGUUGCCCUCCUCUGGACACGUUCCAGUUUGUCAGUGUCCUUCUUGAACUGUGGUGCCCAGAACUGGACACAGUACUCCAGGUGAGGUCUGACCAGAGCAGAAUACAGUGGCAUUAUUACUUCCCUUGAUCUAGAUGCUAUACUCCUAUUGAUGCAGCCCAGAAUUGCAUUGGCUUUUUUAGCUGCCACGUCACACUGUUGGCUCAUGUCAAGUUUGUGGUCAACCAAGACUCCUAGAUCCUCUCCAGGCGGGUGGGCACAGAGCCUGUGCACCAGCCCAGCCCUUGCCACCAGAGCCAAUCCGGGCUGCACUGUGCCAUCUGCCUGCCUGUGGAGGGAGGAGACCAGCCGUCAACACAGCCCUUGACAAGUGAAUACCCCCAGUGCUGGCUGAGCAGCCAUUCAGUUAGAGACCCCCUUGCCUGGGGGUACCUGGUUUGCGCCCCCUAAAAACUGUGUGCCCGGGGCUAUGCCCCCCCUGGCCCCAUGCCACUUUCCCCACAGAAACCUGCUCUUUAACAUCUGCUUUCUCUUGUCCCACUGUCUGCUUGCUCACUCCAAUUGUGAUAUUUCAAUCCUGCCCUUUCCAGAUUAUUCAACAUUGCACAUGGACUCUGUGACUGGAGUUUUGGAAGACUUUGAAUCCCAGCUGAGAGGGACCCUGGACCAGACUGUGACAGAGCUUUUCCGGGAGCUGGAAUGUUGCGAGGGCGAGCUCUGCCAGCUUCUCCUCGGCCCGGUGACUUUGGCACCCUCAGAUGUGUCUUAUUUGAGUGAGCAGCAGAGCAUUUUCCUCAAAAACCUGGUGAACCACGAGGUUGACGCCUCCUUGGUAGAACACGGGGUGGUCUUGACUCCUGAUGGGACUACAGUUUCGCUCAGUCCUCUUCUUUCUGGGAUAGCUGCAGGGCUCCAGAGGAGCCAUAAGGAGACUCUGCACGCCACACCUUUGAUCGCCAACUCCACCAAUAGUUCUGUGGUAGAGCUACCCCUUACUCUGGAGCCCCUCGUCGCCACAACAAUCGCCAUGGACCUCGGCAAAGCCUUUCUCCUCUUUCACACCAACCAAAGCCAGGUGGCCCUGGGACCAGACGGCUGCUGGGACAGCAUCUCUGCACCUCAAAAGUUCACCUUGAUGGGGGCUCCCUCGACUCUUCCAGAUGCUUUUAUCAAUGGUGCAAUGGAUGGCCUCAUUCUAGGUACUUACUUGGCAGAGAAAGCAGAUCCGCCAUCCAACCUCAGUGUCCUACUGAAGGAUUAUUAUGGUGGAGAGGGCCUAGGAGGUGAAAGUCCGAUGCAGAGCAACUUCCGACGAAAGAACUUUGCAGCUCUGGUGAGCAAGGAAAAGCUGAAGAUGCAAGUAGAGGAUUCUCUCCUCCUGCUCCGGAGGCUGAAUGAAAGCAACCCCUUGUUUGAUGGCCUCACAAAUGAAGAACUGAGAUCUGUCGCAAACCAGGCUGUAGAAGAAUUCACGGCUUUGUAUGUAGGUAUGGAUCACAUGUGGAAAACCAUAUCUCCAGAACGGAUUUAUUCCUGUCUCCUGUGUACUUAGGUUGGAGAACUACACUGGCAAAAUUCAGAGAAGGGCACAUUUUGAAGGAUGGGUGCGCUUUAGUUCUCAGAUUGUUUCGAAAAGGGCAAUACAUUCAGCUGUAAAUGCACACUGAAUCAAAUCCCCUCCCACAUCCCUUGUUAGAGGUCCUUAAAUGUAAAUAUACUUCUCCCUACUAGUUCUCUGUUUGUCUCCUACCCUAUUCCAUCCUAAACAAGAGAUCCUCUUACUACAUAAAUGGGAUACUGCCCACAUGUACAUCUUUUCAAAGCCCACGUGAUUCAUUUAUUUAACAUAAUCACAUCCCACUUUUCUGCUAAGACGUUUGGGGCAAAUUACACAGACUCUCAUUUUGUGGAGGGGAAGGGGAAGAGUAGAGGACAUGGAUCUCACUGCAGACCCAGGAAAAAAAGAAGUUGGAAGGACCCCCCCCACUCGCAUUUCUUCCUCCUCCCUGCAUUUCUGCAGAGCACACCUUCCUCCAACGUGAGCAACUGGGAGCAGGCCUUUCCUCCCCCCCCCCCCAUCUGCUCGCCCCUUACCUCCCACCCAUGUGCAAAACAUUUGGGGCUGCUCGCUUGCCUCCCAUGACCCCUCCCCACCCCACCCCCUUGCCUCUCCUAAUGGCCGGCCAGCCUGCCUCCUCCCAGAUGCCCUUGUUCAGACGUGCUCAGAAAUGGUGCCGAAAAGGAGGAAGGCACCAACUUGCACAAAAUAUUGUGUGUGUGUCCCCCUAAAUAUUUUAUUGGAGGGGCAAAGGGACCAGGGCCCCAUAGAGUUGGUGCCUAUGACAUUAGCAAUGUAGACCAGGGGUCAGCAAGGUUUACCUCGCCUGGGCCGGUUCACUCCAGCGGAGAUCCCUCCAUGGGCCAGAUUGCGGUUGCACCCGCGAUUUCCGACGUCUGUGCAUGCACAGACGCAAUUUCCGGCACUACGGAAGCGAGUCCCCGCGCCACGCUGCAUCGGUUUAGUGCAACGCGCAGGGACUCACUGAGCAGGCAGCUCAGUUCGGGGGCAGCUCAUGGGCCAGUUAAAUGACCCUGGUGGGCCGCUUGUGGCCCAUGGGCCUUAAGUUGCCUACCCCUGAUGUAGACUGUACAUGAACGCAUACCUUUCAAGCAUCCCGAUUUGAGUGGAACCUCCUGGAAUUAUCGAAGCCGUCCUUGCUUCUGGCUGGAUCCUGGGAUGUCCCCGUUUGGGGUCCAUUGCUCUAGCACGAGUCAGCUGGCUCCCGUAAGAGCUUGGGACCAAUUCCGAUCACUAGGAUUUUGGAGGGUAUGUGAAUGCGAAAUGUAACAGGGUAGGGGGGACCAUAUGAGCCUGGUUUAUCCUGAUGCACAGGGAUAGUUGAGAGUGAAAUCACAUAAUAGCUCUAAGCACAUGGAGAGCUGGUUGUCUGUGAUCUGGCCCUAGGAUGCAGGUGGCGUUGUGGUCUAAACCACGGAGCCUCUUGGGCUUGCCGAUCAGAAGAUCGGUGGUUCGAAUCCCCAUGACAGGGUGAGCUCCUGUUGCUCUGUCCCAGCUCCUGCCAACCUAGCAGAUCAAAAGCACACCAGUGCAAGUAGAUAAAUAGGUACCGCUGUGGCGGGAAGGUAAACAGCAUUUCCGUGCGCUCAGGUUUCUGUCACGGUGUCCUGUUGCUCCAGAAGCGGUUUAAUCAUGCUGGCCACGUGACCUGACAAGCUGUCUGUGGACAAACACCGGCUCCCUCGGCCUGAAAGCGAGAUGAGCGCUGCAACCCCAUAGUUGCCUUUGACUGGAUGGAUCUGUCCAGGAGUCCUUUAUCUACCCUUACCUAGGAGCUGUGCCUCAAAUAACACCUUUGUCCUACAAUUUGCCCCUCCACCAAGCAGACAUGCUGGCUGACCUGCUUUCUAACUGCAUGGCCUACUUUAUCGGCCGUGUUCUUCUCCCCUCACAGAGUGUCCUGCAAUCAUCCCACGGUGCAUGUGGGGUGCCCGACCCUACAGAGGAACACCCACACAGCUUCAGUUGCCCCUGGGCUUCGUAUACAUCCACCACACUAGCACCCCUGCAAAGCCAUGCCGAAGCUUCCCAUCGUGUGCAGCGGACAUGCGCUCAGUGCAGAGAUUCCACCAGGAUUUCCGUGGCUGGGAUGACAUUGGCUACAGGUAAGCACAGUCCUAUUGUAAUACACAGCUAGGAAUGGACAGAUCUGUCACCUGUUAAGAGUUGUUUUCAUAGGUUUUUCAUUCCAUUUCUGAAUUAAUGUGCAUUAAAAAAUUCAAAACAAUGCUUUCUAAACCCUAUCUAAGUGUGUAUUUUCUCUCACCGUGCAUACCUAAAGGCAGAUUCCAAUCAACUCAAGCUGCGAAAUAACUGUCUUGCAACCUUUGAAGAAGUGCAGUUUCUGGUGGAUAACUUAGUUCUCAUUUGUGUGUUAGGAUGGAUCUAAACACAGGUCUAAACCACAGAGCCUAGGGGUUGCUGAUCAGGUCGGUGGUUCGAAUCCCCGUGAUGGGGUGAGCUCCUAUUGUUCGGUCCCAGCUCCUGGCCACUUAGCAGUUCGAAAGCACGUCAAAGUGCAUGUAGAUAAAUAGGUACCGCUCCAGCGGGAAGGUAAACGGCGUUUCUGUGCACUGUUCUGGUUUGCCAGAAGCGGCUUAGUCAUACUGGCCACAUGACCCGGAAGCUGUCUGUGGACAAACGCCUGCUCCCUCAGCCUAUAGAGCGAGAUGAGCUGGCAACCCCAGAGUCAUCCGCAAUUGGAUCUAACGGUCAGAGAUACCUUUACCUUUAAACACAGGAAAGCAACGCUAUAAAUAAGCCAGAAAUUACAUUGUUUUAACAAAAGAAAAAAAUCUCUAUGGCGUUUUAAAAUUUCCUUCUCUCUGGAGCCAUCUUGUGUUGCAUGUUUAUAGUGCAUUCACAUCGCUGUUUCUUUGCUAAUGUAGCUGAGUCCUUAUUCCACCCAGGGCAUAUCAAGGCCAUUUAAUUAAUAAGUAUGGGUGAAUAUCAAAUUCCUCAAGCAUCCCUAUGUUUGAUGCACCGUAGGCUCAGAGAAGAUUUCCCAGUGCAGAAUCCUGUGAAAGGUGAAUUGAGUUCUGGAAGUUGGGGUGAAAUUGCAGUUAGAGGUCCUUCUCAUCCAAACCGAUGCCAUUCUUGGAUAAAAAUAAAUAAAUGAGGUCUAGUUCUCUGUGUUUCAGGUAUACCACUUAACUUCAGACUGCUGGUGGGGGCUCAUUUACUGGUAAAUAAAUAACUAAAACCCCUGGGAAAGCCCUGGGAAAGCCAGUCUAGAACCUAUUUCCAGACUUCUAAUUUGUGGGUAUUUUUGCAUGGUUGUUGAGCAUUCCAUCAUGCCAGGUGCCUUCUCAACUAUGGCCUGAAGUGAUACCUUCCAAACAAAAGUUUACUACUACACCAAGAACUAUGAAAUUCCCAGAUCAAGGAAAGGAUCAUAAUCUAGUCCAGCUUCUGAUCCCAAAAGCUUAAUUUCACUGACACUGGAGUAUAAGACUAGAGUUCACGGAAAAGGUGGGCUUUUUUUCAUCUGGAACUCACCGGAACUCAGUUCCAGCACUUCUCAGGUAGGAGACAUUGUCAUUACAGUGGUACCUCAGGUUACAUACACUUCAGGUUGCAUACGCUUCAGGUUACAGACUCUGCUAAACCAGAAAUAUUACCUCGGGUUAAGAACUUUGCUUCAGGAUGAGAACAGAAAUCGUGCUGCGGCAGCGUGGCGGCAGCAGGAGGCCCCAUUAGCUAAAGUAGUGCUUUAGGUUAAGAACAGUUUCAGGUUAAGAACGGACCUCCGGUACUUAACCCGAGGUACCACUGUAGAAGAGAAUGAGGGAGGUGUUCAGGAUGAGUUCCUGCACCUCUUUUUCUAGAAAAAAUAGCACUGUGGAACUGGAUGAAUAGCCCACCUUUCAACUGGAAAACGAGAUUGCAGACUGGUUUUUGCUCUCAUGUAUGCAAAGCUGUGGGCAGCGUUCAAGUAGCACAUCCUGUCCGCACAAACAUUUCUGCUUCUGCUAUGGGACUUUCCUGCUGCUCCCCUUGCAUGUGCCCCACACCCUCCCCAAAUCUGAUCCAGAGCAUUGCGAAAGCCCCAGACACAUAUUUAGGGGACAUGCAGGGGUAGGAGAGGGAGUGACUGUUCCAUUGUGCAAAUGGAAAUCCUUGAAAUGAUAAUGAUAAAUUUUUAUAUGCUAUCCAUCUGACUGGGUUGUCCCAGCCGCUCUGGGUGGCUUCCAACAAAUUAAACACAUCAAGCACAGUAAAACAUGAUGAUAGUCAUUGUUUGGAUGGGGGGCUUUUAUCCAUUUCCGCAGUCACACAAUCAAUCAAUCAAUCAGUAGCUGAACUGGGUUCCACACAUUCCACACAGUCACAAAAACAAAUGAACCGAAAAAGCCUCAAAAGCAAAAACGCAAAAUAAAUAGCAAAAACAAAAGCGCCAAACUUAAUCCGUUCCGGAAGUCUGUUUAGCUUCUGAGAUGUUCAAAAACCAAGGCGCAGCUUCUGAUUGGUGCAGGUGCCCCGGAAACAAAAGUUGACAGCUGCAUUGGUCAUUCGGCUUCUGAAAAUCGUUCGAAAACUGGAACACUUACUUCCGGGUUUUCGGUGUUUGAGAACCAAGGUACCACAGUAUAUAUAUACAGUCAUACCUCGGGUUAAAUGUGCUUCAGGUAGAGCGUUUUAAAGUUACGCUCUGCGGCAACCCAGAAGUAACGGAGUGCGUUACUUCCGGGUUUCGCCACUCGUGCAUGGGCAGUUGCUCAAAAUGAUGUCAUGCGCAUGCGCAGAAGCGGCAAAACGCACCCCGCGCCUGCGCAGAUGCGUCUUACGUUGUAUUCAGGAUGCAAACGGGGCUCUGGAACGGAUCCUGUUCGCAUCCAGAGGUACCACUGUAUAGAGAGAGAGGGAGGGAGAGAGAGAGAAUGACAGCAAUACUUAUUUUCUCUUUAUUUAUUUAUUUAGUACAAAUUAGAAAACAUACAUAUUUACAACAAAAGAAAAUACAAAGGAAAAAGAAAAUACAUCUAACGAAGGAAAAAAAUUAUAGAAUACUUUGUCUCUUUUCAUAUUUACAGUUAUUUAUACCUCUAUAAAAUGCUAUUCACAAUAAAGGAGUGAAAUGAAAGAUAUCAGAAAAAAGAAAAAAAGAACAAAGAAAAAAUAAAGAAGUAAAAGAAAAGGAUCAUAGGUGAAAAUUUUCUUAUUUGAACUUAUUUUCUAUCUUUGCACAGCUAUGUUGCCGGAGGUGAUGGAUACAUCUACCAGGGGAGAGGCUGGCACUGGGUAGGAGCGCACACACGGAGCUACAACACCAAAGGCUACGGCAUCAGCUUCAUUGGGGACUACAUGGAGGCGCUGCCAGAUGCCCACAGCAUGGAACUGGUGAAGAACAAUUUCAUAAAGUGUGCUGUGAGGGGCUCCAAGCUGCAAGCCAACUACACCAUCCAUGGGCACCGCCAGAUGGGGAACACCCUAUGCCCGGGAGACAGACUCUUCAAAGAGAUUCAAACCUGGAAAGGUUUCUCAGUGAGGUGCUUUACAGACAAGGGUGUUCAUCGCUGCAUCUGACGUAGAGCUUCCUGAUGUUGUUUCCUGAUGUGAGAGUCUUCAAGAACCCAUCAUCCCACAGACUGGGGGAAGAGUGCCGUCAGUGCCCAAGUCCAACACCAGGGGGCGGCUGUUCAACACCUGCAAGGAAGCCAGGGCUGAAUUCAAAAUCCUUAAGCAAAAUAAAUGAUGGCAGUCAUACAUACAAUACUUUGAUUUGAAAAUCUGGGGAACGCAAAUAUAAGAUCCAUGGGACUAUGGUGGGGGCAGUGGUGUGGAAGAAAGGGACUGAAAAUAAUGAAGGAAUGCAGCUGGAGGUGAACUAGAGAAAUCUGUCCAAGAAUUACACAGCCAGCCCACUGUGUGCCUCUGUCUGCAAGGGCAAAGAUACAGAAUAGAGAUACAGAGCCACUGAAAAAAGGCACUUUCAUGUGCAAAUUUUGUGUUUUCCCUGAUGAUAACAAAAUGCCGUCCCAAAUCAGAGCAGGACAAUACCAUGCUAUAUCCAAAAGCAUUUCUAGGGGGGUGGGACCCUGCAACUAUGACAUCCAACGAAAGGGAAGAGGUGGAAGAGGAUGCCAGAUUUUUGCAUCGCUGUGGGUUAAACCACAGAGCUUAGGAAUUGCCGAUCAGAAGGUCGGCAGUUCAAAUGCUUCCCUCUGAAUGCUUCCCUCUGUGAGGGAGCCUUCCCAGACCCGCUGAAAGAGGCGGUCAUUAAACCGCUUCUUAAAAAAACAUCUUUAGACCCGGCCAAUUUGGCCAACUAUCGCCCAGUCUCAAAUCUGCCAUUCUUGGGCAAGGUGAUUGAGCGGGUGGUUGCUGAACAACUCCAACUACGCCUGGAGGAAACGGACCAUUUGGAUCCCUUCCAGUUGGGAUUCAGGCCUCACCAUGGGACUGAAACUGCCUUGGUCGCGCUGGUUGAUGAUCUCCGGCGGGCUAGGGACAAAGGUGAGAGCUGUUUCCUAGUUCUGCUGGAUCUCUCAGCGGCCUUUGACACCAUCGACCAUAACAUCCUUCUGGACCGUCUAGAGGGGCUGGGAGCUGGGGGCACUGUAAUACAGUGGUUCCGCUCCUUCCUCCUGGGCCGUGUCCAGAAAGUGGUGGUGGGGGAUGAGUGUUCAGACCCCUGGGCUCUCACUUGUGGGGUGCCUCAGGGUUCUGUCCUCUCCCCCAUGCUUUUUAAUAUCUAUAUGAAGCCGCUGGGAGAGAUCAUCAGGGGGUUUGGACUGGGUGUUCAUCAGUAUGCAGAUGACACCCAGCUCUACCUCUCCUUUAAAUCAGAACCAGUGAAGGCGGUGAAGGUCCUGUGUGAGUGCCUGGAGGCGGUUGGAGGAUGGAUGGCGGCUAACAGAUUGAGGUUGAAUCCUGACAAGACAGAAGUACUGUUUUUGGGGGACAGGGAGCGGGUUGGUGUGGGGGAUUCCCUGGUCUUGAAUGGGGUAACUGUGCCCCUGAAGGACCAGGUGCGCAGCCUGGGAGUCAUUUUGGACUCACAGCUGUCCAUGGAGGCGCAGGUUAACUCUGUGUCCAGGGCAGCUGUCUACCAGCUCCACCUGGUACGCAGGCUAAGACCCUACCUGCCCACGAACUGUCUCGCCAGAGUGGUGCAUGCUCUAGUUAUCUCACGCUUGGACUACUGCAACGCGCUCUACGUGGGGCUACUUUUGAAGGUGACCCGGAAACUGCAAUUAAUCCAGAAUGCGGCAGCUAGACUGGUGACUGGGAGUGGUCCCCGGGACCACAUAACACCGGUUCUGAGAGAUCUGCAUUGGCUCCCAGUACGUUUCCGAGCACGAUUCAAAGUGUUGGUGCUGACCUUUAAAGCCCUAAACGGCCUUGGUCCUGUAUACCUGAAGGAGUGUCUCCACCCCCAUUGUUCAGCCCGGACACUGAGAUCCAGCGCCGAGGGCCUUCUGGCGGUUCCCUCAUUGCGAGAAGUGAGGCUACAGGGAACCAGACAGAGGGCCUUCUCGGUAGUGGCGCCCGCCCUGUGGAACGCCCUCCCAUCAGAUGUCAAAGAGAUAAAUAAUUACCUGACAUUCAGAAGAAAUCUUAAGGCAGCCCUGUUCAGGGAAGUUUUUAAUAUGUAACACUGUACUGUUUUUAACACUGAUUGGGAGCCGCCCAGAGUGGCUGGGGAAACUCAGCCAGAUGGGCGGGGUAUAAAUAAUAAAUUAUUAUUAUUAUUAU